UGAGUGGGAGGAGCUUGUGGCGGCUCACGGUUGGAGCAGGGAUGUCAGCACCAGACUCAGGAACAGCUCCACCUGGCCAGUCUGCAUCUUUUCCUACUGCUCCUCCCCUGAUGCCUCCACCUUUUAUGCCUCCCCCUGGGCUUCCACCUCCAUUUCCACCAAUUGGUUUGCCACCAGUUGGACAGAGGCCCCCUACAAUGCCCCCAAUUCCACAUGCGAUGAUGCCGCCAAUGAUCCCUCCUAUGGCAGGACCACCACCUCUUGCUCAGCUUCCAAACCUGGUGCCGCCAUUAAUGCCAACCAUGAUGCUACCAGCAGUAACAACUACAGCCUCUUCCAUGAUGCCAAAGAUGCCUGUGGAUGACAAGUCACCCUCUCAGGACAUUCCAAAAAAGAAAUCCCUGUGGACCGAGCACAAAUCACCGGAUGGACGAACCUAUUACUACAACACAGAAACCAAGCAAUCCACUUGGGAGAAGCCAGAUGAGCUGAAGUCUAAAACAGAGCUUCUCUUGUCACAAUGUACCUGGAAGGAAUAUAAAUCGGAUACAGGCAAACCCUAUUAUUAUAACUCUCAGACCAAGGAAUCACGCUGGACCAAGCCCAAAGAUUUAGAGGAAUUGGAGGUUUUGAUAAAACAAGAGGAAGAAGCCGGAAUUGACCAUGAGAGUCAGUCUGCUGCAUCCAGUCCUCAUUCUACAGCACAUUCAUCUGAUGCUGAAAUUACACCUACAGAGGAGUUAAGAGUCACGCAGCCCAGUGUGCCUGAACCCACCGACAACCCUGACAUAGAAGCUAUUCAGGAAGACACAACAGUUUACCAGACAGAGAUCACUAAUAGCGAUUCUUUACAAUUGGAGGAUGGAAACCAGGUAGAACCUGAGAAAACAAUGUAUCACUGGAACACAAAGGAAGAAGCAAAGCAACUGUUUAAGGAACUACUUAAAGAUAAGGGGGUUCCUUCUAAUUCAUCAUGGGAACAAGCAAUGAAAAUGAUUAUAAAUGAUCCCCGCUACAGUGCACUACCCAAGCUGAGCGAGAAGAAGCAGACAUUCAAUGCUUACAAAUCACAGCGUGAAAAGGAAGAAAAGGAGGAGGCAAGACUUAGAGCUAAAGAAGCAAAAGAGAGGCUACAGCACUUCCUAGAGCAACAUGACAAGAUGACCUCAGCCACUCGCUACAGGAAAGCUGAACAGAUGUUUGGUGAUCAAGAAGUGUGGUCUGUUGUUCCAGAGCGAGAUCGUAAAGAAAUUUAUGAUGAUGUUCUCUUCUUUCUAGCAAAAAAAGAAAAGGAACAGGCAAAGCAGUUAAGGAAACGCAAUGUUCAAGCACUGAAGAAUAUUUUAGAUAAUAUGAGCAAUGUCAGCUUCCAAACCACGUGGUCCGAAGCCCAGCAGUAUCUCAUGGAUAAUCCCAUGUUUGCAGAGGAUGAAGAGCUGCAGAAUAUGGAUAAAGAAGAUGCCCUUAUCUGCUUUGAGGAGCACAUUAGAGCUCUGGAGAAAGAUGAGGCAGAAGACAAAGAGAAAAGCCGCCUUCGUGAAAGGCGCCAGCAGCGCAAAAAUCGAGAAUCUUUCCAGGUGUUUCUUGAUGAGCUUCAUGAGACUGGUCAGCUGCACUCCAUGUCAACGUGGAUGGAACUCUACCCUUUUGUCAGCACUGACUCACGUUUUGCUAACAUGCUAGGACAGACAGGCUCUACCCCUCUCGAUCUGUUCAAGUUUUAUGUGGAAGAUCUGAAGGCUCGAUUCCAUGAUGAAAAAAAGAUCAUUAAAGAUAUUUUGAAGGACCGUAACUUCAGUGUAGAAGUGAACACUACAUUUGAAGACUUUGCUCACAUUAUCAGUUUUGACAAGCGAGCGGCCACACUUGAUGCAGGAAACAUUAAGCUAACAUUUAAUAGCUUGCUGGAGAAAGCCGAAGCUCGGGAGCGUGAGCGAGGAAAGGAGGAAGCUCGCAAGUUUCGAAGGAAGGAAGCUGCAUUUAAAAGCAUGCUGAAGCAGGCGGCUCCUCCUCUUGAAGUAGACAGCAGCUGGGAUGAUGUCCGAGAGCGCUUUGCUGGAGACAGUUCUUUCAAUCAAAUCACAGUGGAAUCAGAAAGAAUCCGCCUAUUUAAGGAGUUUCUUUUAUCUAUUGAGAAUGAAUGUCAACAUCAUCACUUCAAAGGAAAGAAGCACUCAAAAAAGUCCAAGAAACACCACCGUAAGCGCUCUCACUCCCAAUCACCUAGCCCUGCAGAAAGGAUGAAGAAGACUUUGGACCCAUUCAAUGCAUGGGACAAUGCUGGGACUGUGGAGAAGGUGAGAACCUACUAUGGAGCUAUGCCUUUACAUGACUUAAAGGUUUCUGAAACUGAUGAAGAAAAUAAUCAGCAACGACCACAGAAAAGAAAAAGGAGAAACCAUUCGGAGUCGGGAUCUGACAUUUCAUCAUCAAUUGAUUCAGAACACAGCACCAAGAAAUCUAAGAGACAGAAGAAGAAGAGUAAGAAGAAAAGGCACAAAUCGAACAGUCCUGAAAGUGAAGCCGAGAGGGAGAAGGAAAAAAACAAGAGAGAAAGAGAUCAGGAGGUCGAGCAACUGAAAGAGAGAGCAAAAGACAGAGACCAAGAUCAGGAGGAGACUGCAGACGGUCAUCGCAGAUCAUUAAAGCAAGCCUCAAGAAAUGAGAAAACAGGCUGGGACACAUCAGAGAGUGAGCUCAGUGAAGGAGAGCUGGAGAAGAGACGACGGACAUUACUACAACAGUUGGACGAUGAUCAGUAGAUAGACACCCUGCGUCAGGGAUGCUCUGUUCACCCAAAACAACUUUUUUGAAAUGAA